GAGACUUGUUAUUAGAGUUUUCCGCAACACACGGAUGUUUUCGAUAUCGGAGAAAAAAAGCGUCUUACAAAAAAAGCUGAGCUUUUAGAAAAGCUUCUUUCUUUGCGUUAAAAUCGGCAUCAUAGGUAAUCUUGUGACCCUGUUACUUGUUAAACCACCACGAAAAGGCUGCCUUAAUGUCGAUGUACUUUGGACGCCGUGGUUAAUUUAGCUGAUCAUGAAGGAGCUUAUCUUCUGUUACGCAAUAAAGUAACUAUAGAACAUACAGGUACGCUGCUUACCGCCAGUUUACCUGGUGGGCUUACAACAAAUUGGGAACACGGGCUGCUUUGGAUUGUGCUAAGCUCUCUUUAUGGUGGUUGCCGUGAGGGUGUGGAGAAUGGAAGUAAAAUUGAGCUAGAGAGAAAAAAUUACAUUAUAAAAGUGCACAGUAAAAAUUUUUGGUACUUGUGUGCUGGCGACCUGCAAAAUGAAGUAAAAUAUGACUUAUUUUUUCUAAACAAAAAGAUUCAUGGAAGGAAAUUCGUACUAUACUUACUUGAUAUCCUACAUCUGCGUCUUUAAUUUCAAUCUCAAUAUUUUCAAUUUCGUCAUCGACAAUCUCUGGUUGUGAUAGAUGUUCACGCAAUACUUCUUCAAUAAUCUACAGUAAUCAAAAAGAGAAUUAUACUAUGUAAAAAAAUUAGUAUCAAACCUUGACAACAAAUCAAUUACUGUUGAGUGUUCGGCUCGUUUCUCACAAACGGCUUGUCUUCGGUAGCUCCUUGUGCUGAAAUAUGAUUGGCACUGCAUCUUUUUCAGCCUUCUACAUGUUGUCUCCCUACUUUUAAAUUCAUUACCCUCAUAACAAGUAGGUUCAAAAUGAGCAGAACAAAGCCUUUCGGACUUAGAUAAUUCAGUGCAAACUAUUGCAGCUUCCCAUCGUUUAAAAACUUUCUGGUCCUUUGGAUAACUAUGGAAGGACACUUUCUUGUUGUUUUCUGGCUGGUUAUUGCAGUUACCAGCAACGCAAAACGGCAUAGCUUGUUUUUCCUACCUCCCUUGUUUUUACUAAUUUUUAUAAUUUUUCCUACUAAAUUUGACUCGUUUCACCCGAUUGUGUUUCUAGCGCUUAAACGUUUUGGCAUUCCGAGCCAGCUUAACAUAGCAUCUUAAAUUUACUUAGUAUUUAUAGAUGUUUCAAUAAUUGACGUUAUAAUAAGCAGCAAAAUCCCACGCUGUUCUUAAAGCUACUUUUAUGUUACGUCAUAAAGCUUUAGAGGAAUGGAGCAAAAAUCACUGCCUAAUUAAAGCAAACGCUUUGCGCUGCUGUAAUGGCGGACGAAAAUCAACAAGAAUUUGGGUUUGUUAUAUGUGGUUACUUAAUAACAUAUGUUAAAAAGGUAUUACUUUUUGCACUUUACUCGUAAAAUUAAGUGGCUACAAUAAAUUUUGUUUAGGACGCAGGAAUCCCUUUAAUACUGAAGUCAUCAUUGAUCUUGAAUGCGAAAGAAUGACUCUGAUUACUAUUAUCACUCAAAGACUCAGGCUAGUCACGGUUUUGUUUUUGCAAGUUACUGUUUGAGCGCGAUGAGGAUCUAUAUGUCUGGCAACUCCAUAACUGUAACAUCACUGACAUUCUCAGCUUGACAUAGCAUAUAGACCCUUUUCCGCAGAGGUUUUUCAGUUUUCUUAAUCUUUGUAAUGAAAAUUACACGUUGGAGUGUAUUUUAGUGGGUGAUGUAAUAAAUUCAUUGUCUCAAAUUCUCAGAAUACAAGAUUAAUUUAAAACAGUUCUUGGAAGGAGAGAACAUGAACCAUAUCAAACUCGAAUCUUCUUAAAUUUACUUAAUAUUUAUAGAUGUUUCAAUAAUUGACAUUAUAAUAAGCAGCAAAAUCUCAUGCUGUUCUUGAAGCUACUUUCAUGUUACGUCAUAAAGCUUUAGAGGAAUGGAGCAAAAAUCACUGCCUAUUUGAAGCAAACGCUUUGCGCUGCUGUAAUGGCGGACGAAAAUCAGCAAGAAUUUGGGUUUGUUAUGUGGUUACUUAAUAACAUAUGUUAAAAAGAAUGGUUGAAAUUGGUUUUAAAGAAUAUCCAAUACUAAAUGAAACAAAAAAACAAAUGUAUUGACUUUUGAAAAACUUCCAAGUUUUUAUUUAAAGAUGGCAAAAAAGGGAAGGUCAAAAAAAGGUCGCGGAACUACUCCUAGCCAAAGAAAAAAUGAUAUGGAACGUAAGCGAGAUGAGAGAGCUCAAAGAAAUUUACUAAAAAAGCAUCCUGGUGACAAAAACUGUAAUAAAGAUGGAGAUUUCAAAAGUUUUAAUUCACAAUUGCAUGCACAAGGUUUUGAACUGAGAGAUGUGGCUGGUGAUGGAGCAUUAGCUGACCAACUGAAUGGUGAUGAAAAUAUGCAUGGUAAACAUCGAAAAGAGGCUGUAGAAUAUAUGAGAAGAAAUAAAGAUGAUUUUGCACCCUUUUUGGUUGAGACUGUAACCUUUGAAAAAUAUUUGCAAAAUUUGUCAUCCUUUGGUACAUUUGGUGGAAAUGAUUCAAUUGUGGCAUUUGCAAGAUAUAAUAAAGCUGAUGUUAUCAUUCACCAAUUCAACAAUCCAACUUUUGUUAUUAACGGUAGCGAUGGAACAAAUGAACAGCGUUCUGUUCAAAUUCAUCUAGCUUAUCAUAGCUAUCAACAUUACUCCUCUGUUCGAAAGUUGGAGGGUGGAUAUCGACGUAGUGGAGAAUAUAAAACCAGCGAUACUGGUGGAGAAGUUACAACAAAUUUGAGGAAUAAACAUAGAAAGAAAGGAGGGCAUGACGACAGCAACAGUGAUAGUGAUAAUGUCGGCUGUGUUGGUGAGAGCAACGCUAAUGUUGAAGUUGAAGAAAUUAUAGUUGAUAAUGGUGAUUCAAUAAAUAGCAACCUGAAUAAUAGUAUUUUUACUGAAAAAGAAGAUGAAUCAGUGGUAGAAGAAACAGUACAAAAGUUGCAAAUUAAAACAGGUUAUCAGGAUGCUGAUUAUAUUCGAAAAUGUUUAGUAGAGAAUAAGAUGAACCAAGAUGCAACCUUGUGUUAUAUUUUGCAGUUAUUGAGCUUAAACGAGACGGAUAAGGAGAAACCUACAUCAGAAAAACGUCUUGAAGAAGUGAAAGACGACAGUGAAAGCAAUGAGAGUACGCUGAUUUGUUCGACAAAAUUGGAUGUAUUAUCGGAUGAUGUUUCGCCGGUAAAAAAUAACAACACCUCGAAAGCCUCUGUUGAUACUGUAAACUGCUCUUGUAAGGAAAAAGAAGGGACAAUAACAGACAAAGGAAGCGCGCAGAAAAAAACGCAAAAAGCGAAACAAAGACACCUAUCUAAUAGACAGCGAAAAGAGUUGGCGAAACAAAAUCGUAAAAAACGAAGGGAGGAAACAAAAAGAAGUGACACAACUCACAACCCUUCUGUUGAAAAAACUUCAUCUGUGGUAAACACGUCUUCUGUGGCACAAAUUUCCCCAGUGACAAAAACUUAUUUACCUCGUAUCAAAAUUUAGACGUGUUUACCAGCUUUUUCGUAUCAUGCAACUUUUUUAGACAAUGUUGCCUAGUUGUGAACGCUGCGUGAGAAAAUUGCAGAUGAUUAGCCCUAAAAUGCUAUAUUUUGUGGAAUAUAUUUUUGCGGAUGACUUUUGCUGGAAAUUCAGUAAUUUAUUAACUGCAAAAUAAGUCUUUUGUCUAACUAGCUUUCAGAAAUAUUUUUUUUUAAAAUGAACAACGAAGAACUCAAUGGCUUAGGUUCUACAGAAAGUAUGAAGAAAUAAAAAAUUUAGCGGAUUUUUAAGUUAAAUUUAAGUUUUUAGGAUACAACAAGUGCGAAAUUUUACGAAACUUUAAUCUGAGCGUCGGGCCAAUUGUACAAAUAAGAUUCUCAAAAAUUUCUUCCAUAAAUAGUUUUUUCUAAGCUGAAAUAUUUGUUCUGUUCCGACUACGUGGGAUUUGAUUUUUAUAUAGGAGCAUUUGUACUAAUUCUUUAUUAAUACAUUACAUAAAUAUAAUAUUUUUUAAUCCGAUGAUGAAUUGGCAUGUGAUAUGAUGUCACCUAACACCUAGAACACGGGAAAUAUUACUAAAAUCAGAUUUUCCGAGUUUUUAACAACUGUGAUUAAAAGUGCUAUUGAAGCCGAAUAUAGUGGCCGAAUAACGCUCGGCUCAGCUAAAACUUAUCUGGGAACAAUAAUCUGUUCUUAAUGUCUUGGUUACAGACCAUAAGCCAAGACAGGUCUUCCAAUUCCGCAGUAAAAAAAGUUUUUACAGCAACCAACUUAAGUAAUAACUCUAAUAAUAAAAAUGGGCAACAAUAUUUGGCAUGCUUUGAAAGAAACCUUUGGCCGAAACUAUGUCGUCGGUAGGAAGUAGAUGGCCCGCUUUUAAAAGAAAAAACGUAAUUGUGCGUAUUUCGAACAAUCAACAUAGGCCUGUGAAAUUUUUUAAAUUUACAUUCUGACAUUAGUAGUACAGUCAGUACUACUGCAAAUGUGUGAUAUUUUUAAUUUUACUCUGUCCACAAAUAAUUUGACUAAAAUUUUGUUUGGGUUGCCGACUCAGCAGUGUGCUUAAUAUGUGAAUGCCCGCAAGUAAUCGAUUAUAUUUGCAGUUUCUUAUUCAUUAGGAGCCGAAUUUUGCCGGCUUCAUUGCUGGGAACAUCUUCUGAAACAAGAGAUGACUUUUCCAGAGAUAGUCGAAAUAGUUCUCUCCUAGGUUUUUUAGUAACAGGAGCGUCGUGCCCCAAUUCUGGUGUUGGAUCUAGAUACUUUAGGGAUUAACGAAAUGAACAGAGCAUACCCUGUCACUUUUAUCUGGGUUAAUUCUUCUCAUAGCUUUUAUACAAGGCUGUCUCUGUUGGUUAUUUCUAAGGACGCUCGGAAAGCAAUACAAACUAAACGGUUGUUGACAUAAACAUUCUUCAUGGUUAACUUCGUGAAUUUCACAUCGUUCCUUCUUCCAUUUUCGCAACUUCUUAGUGCUAUUGAACAGCCAAUAACAGCACAGUUUACACUUUACAUGAUAAAUAAUUCUUGAAAUAAAAGAUUUUGUGCAGAUAGAUAAAUUUAAGCGUGUUGUUUAUACUUCGUUUUUAUCAAGUUUAACAAAGAAGAACACAAGGAAGAUUUUAUGAGACACCCCUUCUUAGAACCCAGUUCCCUUCCCUAGCGCGAAAUAAUAAUGGCGCGUAAUGUGAAACAGGUGUAUUAAAAUGUAGUUUUAAGGGUGAUCUAAAACAAUCUUGUUAGAAGAAAAAACUGCAGAAAUGUGGUACAUUUAUAUUCAUUAAACAAGAACAAUGAUGAACAUUUUAGAAAAUAUACCAGUAAACUGAGUACGCAGCUUAAUUUUAGAAUAACGCUGACCGUAAAUAGUGGCAACGAAAGGACGUGAAAAAGCCGAGUGAUAGUUUAGUUCAGUGAACACAACUCACAACAUAAAAAAAUAAAUAAUUUCCGACACACCCCAGACGAAUACAAAAAGGCUUAAAAAAAUUACUAAUAAAAUAAAAUGGUGAUUAAAGAGAACGUGCAUAAAAAAAUAAAGAUAUUUACAAAACAAAAAACAACAACGAACAACAACAUCAGGACGAGCAUGAACACUGAACAACACCUACGUACAUUGUAUCUAUUACUCAAAAUAUUGUCUUCACGCAAU